GCCUCCAUCUGGAAGGAGAAGAUUGGAGAUCUCCUCCCUCCCUCCCUCCCUGGCUGAUAAACGCUGGCGGAGGCAGAGACAGGGCCGAGCUUUGGCUGAGCCUGUGCCAGGGAGGAGAAGGUGGUGGAGGGAGGAAAAAGCAGCUGGAGGAGAAGCAAGUAGGAGGACAACUAAGAGGAGAAGGAGAAGGUGGGGGGGGCAACCGAGAAAAGGAGAAGGUAGUGGAGGAAAAAGCAGCUGGAGGACAACCAAGAGGAGGAGGAGAGGGUGGUGGCAGACAACUGAGAGAAGGAGAAGGUGGUGGAGGAAAAAGCAGCUGGAGGAGAAGCAAGUGGAGGACAACCAAGAGGAGGAGAAGGUGGUGGAGGAAAAAGCAGCUGGAGGAGAAGCAAGUUGAAGACAACCAAGAGGAGAAGGUGGGAGAGGCGGAAAAAAAAGCAGCUGGAGGAGAAAGUGGUGGAGGACAACCAAGAGGAGGAGGAGGAGAAGGUGGUGGAGAAAGAGCAGUUGAGGAAGCUCAACACAGCAUCAAGGGAAAGGUUCAGGAGGAGCAAAUCUGGGAUGAAGAGCUGAGAUGUGUUCACCUGGAGGACACCCAUGUGGUUUUUUGGUCUCUCUUUUCCUCCUUCCCUGCAGCUCCAGCUCAGAAGGGAGGACGCUGAGGGCACCAUGACCUUCUUCCUCCACCCACGGCUGCCCACCUGGCAUCUGGCCCUGGACUACCACACAGCGAAGCAGUUUGAAGUGGACAUUACCUUGGAUCCAACCACAGCAGGUCCUGAGGUCAUCCUCUCUGACAACCUCAAGGAGGCCACCUGGGGUAGACCUGGACACCGCUGGCCUGAGGGGCCAGGCCAGUUUGACACCGAUCCCUGCAUGCUGGGCAGCCAGGGCUUCACCUCGGGCCGGCACUACUGGGAGGUGGAGGUGAGGGGGCGCUUCUGGGCCGUGGGAGUGGCCCUCGAGUCGGUUCAGAGGAAAGGUCGAGUCCUCUUCAAGCCCAACGCUGAGAUCUGGGGCUUGCAGAAGUAUGAUGAGCUCUGCGUGGCCCUCACAGCUCCUUCCAACACCUCUGUCCCCAUCCUCAACGGGGAAAUCGGCGUCUACCUGGACUAUGAGGUGGGCCAAGUCUCCUUCUACGCCGUUGGCAGCCGGCAACGCAUCUUCACCUUCCCUGUGGCCUCCUUCAGCGGGGAGAGAGUCUUCCCCUACUUCUGUGUCCUCCUCUCCACCAUCAAACUGUCCCCCAGAGCUUGAUGGGCACCGGCAGGGUCCUGCCCUGAUGCUGGUUGCUCUCUCUGGUGGUUGGAAGUGCUCCUUGAUGCUCCUCAGCUUUUCUGUCUCCAGGGCUUGGAGUCAUUUCCACCUCAGCUCAUGGUUCUACCUCCGCUUUGGGUUCUAGCUGGGGGU